AUGGCAGAAUUCGGAAUGAAACAGGUAGAGACCGCUCUAUCGAACCAAGCCAAAAAAGAGGCAAGUGAAAUAAAUGACUCGCCCACUACACAUCUUAGUCGUCUUGUGGGACUUUUCCAUAGCGAAGGACCUAGUCCUGAAAUACCGGACAAAAGAUAUAUUGCUAGCGAUUGCUUGGAUCAUUUCAUGGCUGGUAAGCCCCCAAGGAAAUAUGCAUACAAGUUUCUUGAUAGGCCAUUUAAACAAUACUUAAACAUGGCAUCAUACAUAGGUACUCGGACGACGAACGAUCUUCUUGGUGCUGUGCUUUGGCGGCUCUCCCUCCCUGAAAAUGAAGCUACUCAAGAAAAACUCCGUCAGGAGCUUCAUGAGGCGGGUAUCAAGCCCGGGGAACAUCCAGACCUCUCGACCCUGCAAAAGCUUCCGUACUUGAACUGUAUCCUUAAAGAGACACUACGCACAAAUCCACCAAUUCCGAUACAGCUGCCAAGAGUAGUGAAAGACGAUGAAGCCCUAACUGUGAUGGGCUUCAAGAUAGAGCCAGGAACCAACAUUGCAUCUCAAUCGUACACUCUUCACCAAGACCCUAACCCGUACCCAGACCCCGAGAAGUGGAAGCCAGAGAGAUGGGAAAUCUCCCCAAAAUCUGACGAAUACCGUCAGAUGCAGCGUUCAUUUUGGCCUUUCGGCUCUGGAGCGAGAAUGUGUACUGGAAUGAAUGUGUCAUUGGAUGAUGUAUGGCUAGAUGGGGAUGGUAUACUGCUUCCCCCCGAGAAAAGGAAGGACCUGUACCCUUCACUACCUAACCAACCGCUCAGGUUUAAGAAGAUCUGA